ACUGGAUGCAGAACCAGAUGGUUAGCGUCUCCGCGACGAUCGACCGUCGUGCGUGCACUCCGCCUCGGGAGAAGGCUACAUCUGAUCGCAAGGAAUGAUGGACAGCAUGCGAACGGAAUGGAACAUGCUUUGUGUACACAGCCGGGUCUAGGGAGCGGGCACUCCCAGGCUAGACAUGCUGUACAUACUAGGUUCGACCACAACCAGAGCGAUCGCACAACGAUCGCGGGAGAGACACAAGCGAGACAUGGUAUUGGACUCGCCUUGUGUGAAGGAAGCUUUGCAGAACGAAAACGAACAUUGCGUCCGACGCUAUAACGCUGGAUGCUGCGCGCAUGCGAUCGCGGGGAAGCCUGAGGCUGGCGAUAGCUACAGGGACGGAUCGCAGGCCCGGGUGCGUGCUACCGCAGCUACACCAUGCUUGUCCCUGACGCAGGGCGUUGUUGCACGGGCAAGCAGGCCUGCGCAGACACAAAGAUCCCGCGAAGCUCCAUCACGACCAAGCAGAACUUUGCGGACAGCUGUCAACGCGUCAAGCAGAUGCAUGGGACGUUCCAGAACAAGCCACCAGGCGCGGGUCGGCCUCCGAGUCGAGGCUCUUCGCUGCGUCCGGUCGGACAUUGGGGGUGUGGUACCUGCACGCGGGCGCGGACGCGGACUGCGAGCAGAAUUCGGCGACGAAAAGCCUCCGCGAAGGUUGCCCCUGGGUGGGGUGGGGCAGUCGACGAUCUGGUUGGCCAACGGUGCAGGGAGUGGGGCCGCGUGCGAUGGAGCGAUCCUGAGCCAGGAACGGGAGCACGGCACGGGCCCGCGGGGAGUCUGUCCGCUCUGGGAUUGACUGGACGCUCGGGCACUGCAUUGAGCUUAGUGGUCGGUGCGAUAGGUGGCCGUCGCGUCCGCGAACGGCGUGCGUUGUGGAGUGUUGUUCAGGUUGUUGACGGCCUGUCAAUAUCAAGGAACGAGAUAACGACACCGACUGCGUCCUUGGUCAUGCGUAUCACGAGUGGGACGCCGCAAAUCCUUG